AUGACCUCCGAUCAACCUGUUCCUCCUGCCCCUGAGGUCCAACAGCUCCCACCUCCAGGCACAGCGCUGCCGUCGUCAUCUCCGCGGCCGGCAGCAGCCUCGGUGACGCCGGUAGCUCCUGGAUCUGCCCCAGGUGGCCCAGGCUCUGCCCCCGCGCCGCCGCCCACCGAGCAGGCGGUGAUGAAACUGACGCGGGGCCACUCAUGUGUACUGUGCCAGCAACGCAAGGUUCGCUGCGACAAGCUCAAGCCAUGUGCCAACUGCAAGAAGGCACAGGUCGAAUGCCGCGUGGUGCCCCCACAGCCGCCACGCCGCCGCAAGAAGAAGCCGCAUGAGCGCGAUCUGAUCGAACGCAUACGUCGUUAUGAGGCCCUGCUCUCGCAGGCCGGGGUCAACUUUGACCCGAUUGCUCAUGAACUUGUGGCCAGCAGCAAGCCGUCUGAUGGCGGGGAUGAUGGCGUGGGCGAGCUUGAGCAGGAUUUGGGAGGGUUGAAGGCGUCGCCGUCGAGUACCGCUGAUCAUAUGUCGCCAGAUAAUACGGGGCAUGAUAGGUCGAGAUGGGGUCGCAUGGGGUAUGGGUGUCGAAAUGGAAUGGAAGAUGACUCUUCCGAUGAGGAGGCCGAAGGGCCAACCCUCCACCACGCCUACGAUACCAUGUUCGAGAACAGUGACGGCUUCCCUUUCGUUGUGGGAGGCUCGCCCGCCACAGUGGCGAGCGCCCAUCCCUCGGGCAUCCAAAUACUCCAACUCUGGCAGAUCUACAUCAGCAAUGUCAACCCCCUGUUGAAGAUCACCCAUACGCCGACCCUUCAGGCCCAAAUUGUCAACGCGAGCGCAAAUCUGGCUAAGAUCCCGAAACCGCUCGAAGCGCUCAUGUUUGCCAUCUACUUCGCCGCCAUCACUUCCAUGUCUGAGGAUGAUGUCCAGAGCACCUUUGGGGAGGAUCGGGCUAUCUUGCUGGGGAAGUACCACAAUGCUACCCAGCAGGCUCUCGUCAACGCUGGCUUCAUGCGGUCGGCCGAUUUGAUGGUCUUGCAGGCUCUUUUUCUUUAUCUGCUCAGCGCCAGGCCGUAUGUCGACCCGCGGACCAUGCACGGCCUGCUUGGUCUUACUGUCAGGAUAGCAACGCGGCUUGGCCUGCAUCGACACGAUAGCCACUUCCCCGGAAUGACACCGUUUGAGGCAGAGCUAAGGAGACGUCUGUGGUGGCAGAUUGUCAUCUUUGAUAAGCGCAUUGCCGAGAUUACAGGGACAGCUAUCACUGCUCUCUCAUCAUGUGUCUGCGACCAAAUCCUGCCAUACAAUGUCAACGAUGCCGACCUGGACCCGAACGCAAAGGACUACCCCGUUCCGCAUCCCGGGCCGACUGAGAUGCUGUUCUGUCUGACGCGAGUGGAGCUGACCGUCGCAGCAUCACCCGAUAGUGUCCGGCAAACUGUGACUACGCCGGGAGGCAGACCUCUGCACAAGCCGGUGAUCCACUACAGUCCUUCCCCUUCGUCCCCCGACGUCGUUACUCAUGUCGCCAACACUAAUCUUCCCGCUGACCUCAGCAACUUCUGCUUCCGCAUGGAGUCUCUCUACCUGAAACAAUGCGACAAUAAGAUCCCUUUGCACUACUUCACCUUCCUCAUGACCCAGCAGGCGCUAUGUAAGCUGCGCAUUGUCGAUUACCUGAUGCGAACGACCUCCGGCGACCCGAGUAACAGCGGCAUGCUUGACGAGAAGGAACGCGACGCCUACUUCAUGGAUGCCCUACACAUGGUCGAGUACGAUAACAUAAUCCAGUCGUCCGCACAGCUCCAGGGUUUUCGGUGGUACACGUACGCUCACUUCCCCCUGCCGGCAUACCUGUGUCUGGUGUCAGAAUUGCGCCAUCGGUUGACGACAGGCGACUUGUGCGAGCGCGCGUGGGAGGUCAUGAUCGAGAACCAUGAACGGAGGGGGCUGACCAGGAGGGGUAUGCGGAACCCGCUGCAUAUUGCGUUUGGGAAGUACCUGGUCAAAGCGUGGGAUGCGAGGGAGGCAGCUGAGUUGUCACUGGGGAGAGUCGUUCAGACGCCAAAGAUUGUGGUGAUGCUGCGAAAUGCCAUGGCAAAGUGGAAGCGGCCUGCGCCGGGGGAUCCGGGACCGUCAACCUCAACAGGGAGACAGGUCCCCGUUCAGCAAGUCCAGAACCCCGGUCCUUCAGCCCCUGCCCAAAGCAACCCAUCGACGGCAGCUGUCAGUAGCAUGUCCGUCAUGCAAGACAUGGGCUUUUCCCCUAACCAGCGCGGCAUGCCAACCCCCCAGAUGGGUGUCACCGCCCCCGGCCCUCCUUCCACCACAACCAUGCUCCUCGACGAAAUGAUGUACCCUGCCGGCCCCGGUCCAACGCCUGGAACCUCCUUCGACCCAUUAGGACACCCCCAUCCACACGCCCAUCACCAUCCUCACCCUUCCCAACAUCACAUCUACCCUUCUCACGCAACCGACUCACAUCCACCACCACCACCACCACCACCUCCUCCUCCUCCUCCUCCUCCUCCUCCUCCUCCACCUCCUCCUCCGUCAGCUGGUGGAUCGUCCCACGUAGCGAGCGUGGCUGCCGCUGCUGCCGCUGCGGAAGCAGCUGCAUCUGCUAUAGCGGGCACCACUGCGACCGGAUUGGUGGGCAUAGGGAUUGGGGCGAUGCAGGAUGUUGAUCCGGGACAGAUUGAGUGGAAUCAUUUAGUGCAGUUAAGGAAGGGCUAUGGGCUAUAUGACUAA